CGAACUACACCAACACACACAGUGUCACGACUUGAGGUGAAAAAUUGGGCCUUUACUCGGUUGACCAAUGCACUGGAUAAAGUGUUGAGAAAUGGCUUCAGAUUCCGAGAUCCAGGAUCAGGAUCGGGCAUCUUUCAAGUGUCGUCGAUGUAGACAAUUCCUCUUCAGCAGUGCCAGCAUUCUCCCAUCUCUUACUGCGGACGCGGAGUCGGCCAGGCCUGGUAACCCUGGCAAUACGGCACCAAAGCCUGGCCAAGAACAGCCCAGAGCUGCUGGUGCACUGUGGUAUAUCAGUGACGAUGCCGUCCCACCAUGGAUCCAGAGUGCUAUUGAGGAGGCUCAGUGGACCAAGGGAAAACUGACCUGUCCCAAGUGCAGGGGUCGUCUGGGGUCAUUUGAUUUCUUGACCCCUAGCAUUCGGCAUUGCGCCGAUCGCCGACAGGCCUGGUCCUGCGUUCAGAUCAACGGUAGCCGGGUUGACCGUGAGACAUCCAAGUCUUUGCUGGCAUUCCUGAGGAGGGGGAAUCAGUCACAGGUCAAAGGUCAAGCCUCCCAAAUGAGCAGCCUGGAGGCAGAAUCCGUGGCUUGCAACACUGACAGAUUUGAAGACCAGAAUGGUGCCCUGCCUGUAGGAUGCUGGUAUUUGAAUAGGGACGAGAUGGAUACCAAACAGUUAUCCCAUACACCUACUAACUUUGACCCCAAUUUCUGCCCAAACGAAUCUGGGCAUAAGGACACUCUCAAUCCUUUUGAAAUGGAUAAUCUAGGAUCUCCCGAGGAAACGACGAAAGCAUCAAACUUGGAACCGGCAUCCAAAACUUCCGAUUCACCUUGCACGCCAAAUGUUUGCGACAGUUUUGCUGUCGGAGAACCUUCAAGAGUUCAGGAAAACCAGGCAGCAAGCCGAACAUUGCCGUGUGAGGGCGACGUACAGUCAUCAGAGAAACUCUUAGGAAACAGUCCAGCAAGGCUAGAACCAGGCUUUGGAAAUUUGGACCACACUGGAAAUAUACCCUGUGCCUCGUGCACAAACUCCGUCGAUGAGACAAUACAAUUUGGUUUCAGCACUGCAGCAAAGCAUAGUAGAACAUCAUGUGAAGUCAGUAAUGAUGCAAUCUGGCAUGACCGCGAGGCAGAUAUAGUCCCCGGUAUUACAGCAGAAAAGUCCGAGGAUGUAACAAUGUCAAAGCCAUCUCCGUCACUGCAGACAAAUCUGAGCAAUUCUUUGUCUCAGGUUCACCAGGGUUUAUGCAACAGCCAUCCAACCAGACCAGUCCAGGGUGCUCCAAAACGACCAAUCAAGACUCAGUAUUCAAAUGCGGACAGCCAAUCAGAGCAGACUGUGGUGAGUGCUUUGUCACCGGAAACGUGGCAAGGUGUCCUUGAUGAACUCCUGUUGGACCUUGAUCAAGAGAGGGGAGGGGCCUCCGAAAGGACCUUGAGUGGGCGGGACGACAUCAAUCAACUGGAGGAUGAAAUGGACACAGAUAGUGAUCAGGAUGGGAUGGGGCAUGCAGACGAUUCGUGGACAGCCCAGACCAGUAGUAAUGACAGCAGUCGGGGCGUGUCAACCUACCUCCAGCGGGCCGUGCAGAGAGCCCAGAGAAGGGAGAAAAACAAGAGGAAGAGCGCCCGGAGGAAACUACGACGACGGGAGAGGUGGAUGGCAGAGAAGGAGACUGAGGAACAAGAACUGCUCAUAGAGGAACAGCAUCUUGACUGCGAUCCCAAAAGGAUCUUGGCCCUCCUUGGUACCUCCGAGACAAGCGUCUCAACCCGGGAGGCCCUGACCUGUCCCGUGUGUUUGGACCUGUACCUGAACCCCCAUCGCUGCCUGCCCUGCCAGCACGUCUUCUGUGAGUCUUGCCUACGUCGCCUGGCCCACACUGCGCAGACCAGGGUUGCCACGCCGUGCCCGCUGUGCCGGCGCGUCAUAUGGGAGGCCACACCCCAGGAUCAGCUGACAACCGCAAUAGAAGAAUUGUUCCCCCGACUGAUAGCGCAUCGUAAACAAGCCGAGAGAAAAAACCUCAACAAAUCCUACCCUCUGCCCGGCCACCCAGCACCCACCUCUCUGACGUCGUGGAUCAGCCGAACCCUGGCCGGUAACAAUAGGAGUGGACUGCGCCACUGGAGGGGGAGGGGUAGGCAGGAGCUAACCACGGUCGGGCUGAUCAGGAAUACGGCCUGGAAGGUUGGGUCUGUCCUUGUGCUGAUGAUAUCAUUGAUUGUGCUGAGUGCUGGCUUUUUCCUUGCAAUGAUAAAGUACUCGUGAUUUUGAAAAACAUAACUCAGGAAAAACUAAACUAUCUUUGUCACUUUUGGGUAUUAGAGAGAGACGUUUCGCAUUCAUGCAUAUACACAUGUAACAAAUUCAUAUAUUUUAGACCUACUUUUUCAACAACUGUUAUUCUCUGUUCCUCAUUUUAAAAUCCACAAAAUGACGCUCAAUUUCUUUAUAUCUUUUGCUGAUUGGGAGGGGAAUGAAGCAAUUUCAAUCACAAGCAUUCAUUCAAAAUCAUACUUUCAACUCUUUUUUUUAUAUUCAAACAUACCUCCUGUACAUAUCAAAUUUCUAUUUCAGAAAAAUCAAAAUGUAUCUAUCAACUGUAAAUUUAAAUGAAUUUUUAAAUACCGUUUUGUUUAUAUGAUAUAUUUAUAAUAAUAUUAAAAUAUUACAUUGUGAUAUUUUACUAUUCAACAACUUUUCUAGUAUGUUUAUCAUAUAGUGCCUUCCAUUGGUGAUAAAGGAUUUGCGUUGCACUACAAACGUUUGGGACAUAUAAGCAAUCGUUCUGCCUAAUGCGAUCAACUUAGCCAGGUUCAAUUAACUGUUAUUACAAUUGACAACUUGUUUUAAAGUUAUUUGUGGCAAUAAAUAAGUGCAUAACUAA